CAAUGAUGGUGCUUGUAUUGAUAUGGAACUCAGAUGUGAUGGAAGGCCUCAAUGUAAUGAUAAAAGUGACGAAGAUGAUUGUUCUUUGAUUUAUAUUGAUAAAACAUACAAUAAGAAUAUAAUCCCAUCUGGUUCUGAUGGUGGAAUGCUGAACGUGAAUAUAUCUCUGGCUAUCCUGAGUAUCCUGAGUAUUGAUGAAGUUAAAAACUCUUUUAAUAUCAAGUUUCAACUUAGAAGUGAAUGGAAGGAUCCCAGACUUAGUUAUCAGAAUUUAAAGAGUAAAGCUGAUUUGAACGUUGUAUCUCCUCUCCAACAACAUUAUAUUUGGGUCCCACAGAUGAUAUUCUUUAACACGGAAGAUAAUUUAGAAACCUUGGUUGACACUAAAACUAUCACACAAAUCUAUCCACAUCAAGAUUUCAGAUUUGACCGAGCCCCAAUUUCAAGCAGUAAGAAUACCUAUAUAUUUGCUGGUUCUGAGAAUACCUUAUCCCUAACUAGAACCUAUAAUGUAAAUCUACUGUGCAACUAUGAUAUGAUGUUUUUCCCAUUCGAUUCUCAAAUUUGUUUUGUUGAAAUAAUAACAAAAGGGAAUACGGACCAGUUUCUGAAUUUAGUUCCCGAUGAACUUGAGUUUCGAGGACCUCAAGAGCUUAGUCAGUAUUUCAUCCGGGGAUUUCAACAAUGCUCCUCGACGAUCAGUGGAAAAAAUGGUUUGAGGAUCGAGGUGGUGCUGGGAAGACGACUUUUAGGAAAUGCUCUAACCAUUUUCCUUCCCACAAUGCUACUCUUAGUUAUUGGUCACGUGACAAACUUUUUCAAACCUUUCUUCUUCGAAGCAGUAAUCUCUGUCAACCUAACUGUAAUGCUGGUACUUGCCACCAUGUUUAUGAGUGUAUCUGCUUCAUUACCAAAUACGUCCUAUGUCAAGAUGGUGGACAUAUGGAUGCUGUUCAACAUGUUUCUACCCUUCAUAGAGGUUCUUCUGCAUACUUACAUCGACCUUCUUAGGGAGGAGGAAGGAGAGGAGAGAGAGAUUAAUCAUCAUGGAAAACCAAGGAAGGUCGCACCUUCAGUAUCUACUCUAAAGGUUGGAGAAGGACAGGCUGGUUGGAUGAAUAAACUGGUUUCCAGGGAUGAACAAGUUCAACAGAAUGCGCUCAAAGAAUACUAUAAGGGACAGAAGAACGUCAACAAAGGGAAACUAGCGAUUGCAAAAUCUAUCUCUCUCAGGUGGAAUCCGGCCAUUAUUGUCGUCUUCAUCCUCUUUUACUGGAGUUUUGGGCUUACACUGUACUUCUAUCCGAAGGAGAUCGGGGCUGUAGAACUCACUUGUACAUAAGCUAUGUACAGAUACAGUGGGACCCAUAAAUUGUGGAAUAGGAAGACUACUGUUAAACUUGCGUUAUGAUUUUAGAAAUUCAAAUGAACAAUAAAAACACCAAUUGUACAUCUACACAUUGUAUCACAUUAUAUCACAUGGUUAACUACUGCAAACAGACCCAUUUGUCACAUUAUGUCACAUGGUGAACAACUGCAAACAGACCCAUUUGUCACAUGCCACAUGGUGAACAACUGCAAACAGACCCAUUUGUCACAUGCCACAUGGUGAACAACUGCAAACAGACCCAUUUGUUUCAAUAAUAAGUUGAUUUUAAAGUUACUGGUAUAAUAGUUUGCUUCAUAAUAAUAUGAGAUAGGUAAAAAAUGUUAGCUUUCAUUUCAAAAGUUAAUGGGCCCCGAUGUAUUGUAUGUGUACAUACAGUGAAUCCCAGAUAUGCAAAGACAGUUUUUUGAUAAUUCUAAAGAAACUUCUUUUUAUUUUUAAUUCAAGAUAAAUUAAUAGCCCUCAAAUAUGAAUGCAACUGAUAUUGAACUCAUUUUUCGCGUCAUUUGAUCUUAAAUAUGUAAUACGACAUUAUAAAAAAACUAUAUACCUGGGAUCACUGUAUUACAGCUCAUAUGUAUAAACAUCGUACAGUGGUAGGCGAUAAUAUCAAUACAAUGAAGAUGACUUUUUUAGUUGAGUUUUUAUAGUUAACAACCCUUUUUUCAAAUUACAA